AUGAUUCAAACCAAGAAGAAACGCACUGACUUAUCUGUCCCUGGGUUUGUUAAAGAGCAGUGGGAAAAGGGGACUGCAGCGAAAGACGAGCUGGCUCAACUCUUGAUCGACGUCAACUGGGCGAAGGAUGCUUUUCUGUGCGAGCUGGAGCAGGUGAUCAAGAAGAUCAAGAAGAUCCAGCUGACACGUGAUGAAGGAUGGUACUCAGAGGCUGAACUCAAGGAGUCUCGCAUCAAGGGAGCCCGAGAGUUCUGUGAGAAGAAUCGUGCUACUCAUUGCAGGGCAAACCGCUAUGAUGGUAUCCAAGAGCUGUGGGUGGUGGUGCGCGAAACCGCUACUCAUGCAGAGAUCCAAGAGGUCUCGGAAACUCACAAAUCGCGGAGGAAGGCUGAUGAAGGUCCUCAGAUUGCUGCUGAUUCCUUUGCCAAAAUUGAUGCCUUUGCGGGACAGUGCAACAACACGGCUGUUGCUGAAGCACACAAAGCCGUGGUUGAGCGCUUCUUGGAGUCUUUGCUGACGAAAGCCAACAAGCUUCGAGCUGUGAAAAAGGAUUUAUCCAAGAACUAUGCUGGGAGUUGCUCUGGGCAGGGUACUUACCUGUCAGCUGAGGUCCUGGGCAAGCUCUCCGGCAGUUUGCACACCAAGUCGGUGAUGGAGCCCGGGGGCACAGUGUGGAUUCUCCAGCAGGUUUGCACUUGGUCCUCCAUUCAAAUGCGGAGCAGCUCUUUGCUCAAAGUAGAUGAAGUAGGUGAUCGAAGCAUUGCGAAAGCAAUGGAAGAAAGUCCAGAGGAAGAGCUUUGGGAUCUUUUAACUUGUCACCGCGAUGUAUCUUGGUAA